AGCGUUUUGUUGAUUGUUGGAAUCUUUAUACGAAAUAUUUAAAUAUUUGUACAGUUAGAAAUGUGUUCGAACUAAAAUGUUACAAGCACAUUGACGUUUUUAUUAUUUGCGAAGCCAGAGGAACAAUACUUGGGAUUGCGUUCUAUAUGCAAAUUUUUUACGAACAAAUAGUGUGGCGACCUAUAAUCGCCGUGAUUACGAAAAGCAUCUCGGAGAUGCGUCCGCAUGCACCGAAGAAUGAUUGUUAAUGACGCAUUCGUAAUGUCAAAAUAAACUUUACCCGAGGUUAUCCAUUUCCGCGACCUCAUUGUGGAAUUAUUUCUACGCGCUGGCAGUAUGUAUCGAUAGCGACGCGACGGCAAUUUGCGCGAGGAAUUCGCCGAGAGCGAAUCCACAAUUAAUUUCGCUUUCGCGAUGACGUUUUCCUUCAUGUCACGAACGAGUCACGUUUCUCGUGUGAUCACGCGAUAGAAAAGCAAGAGUUGAAAGUUGAAAUCACUUUUUGAAAUCCUUGAAUUUAUGAAGCUUAAGCUAAUUUAUAAAUAAGCUGUAUCAACACUAAAUACGUUCUUGACUUACGUAAGCAGUGGAACAACAAUAUCCGUUGAAAUCGAUGAUGAAAAUGCGCGUGGCCGUCGUGGGCGCUGGUAUAAUAGGAGUGACGAGCGCAUAUGCGGUGAAAAGCGCUUUUCCAACUUAUGACGUGAAGAUCUUCGCCGACGCAUUCUCGCCUGACACCACUGGCGAUGGAAGUGCCGGUCUAUGGGGUCCUUUUCUCCUCAGUGACACACCUGUCGAGGACAUAACUCGAUGGGCUGGUAGGACACAUCAAUGGUUCGAACAAUUGUGGAAAGCCGGAUUAUCGUCGGAAACGGGUGUUUGCUUGAUACCUGUAACUCGUGUUACUAGCGAAUACAAGGACGACGUAGAGCCAGAAUGGAAAAAACUCGUCUACGGCUUCCAAAAAAUAAGUAACGAAAGAUUACAACGCUUGAAUGAAGAACACAAGUCUAAUUACAAACAAGGUUGGCAUUUCAUAACUUACACCGCCGAACCGGUCCUGCUGCUGCCAUGGCUCAUGAAAAAGUUUGCUGCUUUGGGCGGAAAAGUGGAAAGAAGAAACAUCAAAACGUUGCACCAAUUAGCCGAAGAAGGAUAUGAUUUAAUAAUAAACUGCAGCGGUCUUGGUGCACGAGAACUCGUCGCGGAUAAAACGAUGAUGCCUAUCAGAGGUCAGGUGUACAGGGUGAAAGCAUCUUGGGCAAUGCACUGUUUUUUGGUGGACGAUGACGCCUGCAAUUACAUCAUCCCUAAUGUCCACAGCGUUGUAAUAGGCGGCACUCAUCAGGAAGGUGACUUCGAUUGUUCCGUACGAGAGGAGGACUCGAAACACAUUUACGAUGGAUGCUGCCGCGUAAUGCCGUCUCUAAAGGCGGGUGAAAUAAUACGCGGGUGGGUGGGCCUUCGACCAGGACGACCGCGAGUUCGUCUGGAGUGCGAGUGCCUCAGCUCGCCCAUGGCAAAAGAGAUCAAGGUGAUACACAAUUACGGCCACGGCGGAAGUGGCGUGACGCUGAGCUGGGGGUGCGCCAUGGACGUCGUGGAAAUGAUAAGGAACUUGAAAGUGCCCGAAUUAAACUCGAAACUGUAA